UUUCAAAUAUUGUAUGGUUUUGUACAGUGUCGUUAUCUAGUAAUUUAUCUAGUAAUCUGCAGCCAAAAGUUGAAGAGAUCCAGCAGAGUGUUGAAGUGGUUCCCACUGAGUUUUUUUUAAAAGCACAGACAUAUAAAAAAAGAAUCAAAAUAUUUACAUAGAAAAAUGAAAAAAAUGCUGCCGCAAACAUCAUUGCUAUACUUUAAUUGAAAUAUGAAUUGAAAAAGAAUGUCAGAUUCCAUCAAGCUCUCUAUUAUUGGUAUGACAUGCAUGUCUUGUGUGAAAAGUAUAGAAUUAAUGAUGGCUAAUCAUCCUGGUCUGAAUAGCAUCAAAGUGGAUUUAAAAGCUGAAGAAGCAACAAUUCAUUACAAUAAACAAGUUACAAAUAUACAAUCGCUUUGUUCUGCUAUAGAAGAUCUAGGAUUUGAAGCUAAAGUAAAAUCUAUAAUAAAAACAGUAGUUAUUAAUAUCCAAGGAAUAAAGAGUGAUAUGUGUUUAAAGCGCAUUGAAAAUGAAAUCAGAAAUAGAAUUAAUGUACUUUCAGUUUCAGUUUCCUAUUACAAUCAUUAUAUUAAAAUUGACUUUCAAUCUCCCGAAGAAACAGCAUCAUCUUUAUGUGAAGCUAUUUCUAAAAUGGGAUUUAUUGCGUUUUUACUUGACGAGUCAUCUAAUAAAUCAGUAACAAUAUCUGUUUCAGGUAUGACAUGCCACUCUUGUGUUAGAACAAUAUCAGAUAUGUUAAGUCAAAAGCCAGGAGUUAUAGAUGUUUUAGUAUCAUUAGAAAAUAAUAAUGCUGUUAUUGAUUAUGAUCACAGUAUAACAGAUAUUUCUUUGCUUAUAAAUGGAAUUGAAGAAUUAGGUUUUAAUGCAGUGUUACAAAGAGAGACAUCCAAUGAACUGCCUAAAAAAAGUCACGAAGCACCAAUUUGUUCUGUAGAGGUUGACCUCCAUAACAGCGAUCUCCAAAACAUAGACAAAGAUAAUGACAAAGAUAAACUUUGCAAAUCAUUUUUUCAUGUAUCUGGAAUGACUUGUUCAUCUUGUGUAAACAAAAUUGAAAAAGAAAUAAAGAAAAAGAAAGGUAUUUCUUAUAUUGCUGUUGGUUUACUUGCACAAAAAGCUGAAGUUAUUUAUGAUAAAAGUUUAAUUGAUUCAAAUGAUGUUAUAAAUUAUAUAUCUGAUCUUGGUUUUCCAGCCACCUUUAUAAAAAGUGCAAAUGUUAUUCAAAAAACUAUAGAAUUCAAGAUAUAUGAGUGUUCUGAUCCAAGUACUAUCUACUUGAUAGAAAAUUCUCUACUUAAAAAGAAUAAAGCAAUAACAAAUGUAGUUGUUUCAAACAGUAUUGUAAGAUGUACAUAUGAUUCAAGCCUAUGUGGUCCUCGUGAUAUAAAAGAGUAUAUUGAAAGUCUUGGCUUUACAGUCAGCCUCAAUAACUUGAAGAAAAAUGAAUAUUUAUCUCAAAAGAGUGAAAUAAAUCAGUGGAAACAUACCUUCAUAUUCUCUGUUAUGUUUGGUCUGCCUGUUAUUUUAACUAAGUUUACAUACAUGAUUUUAAUGAAACAUAACAUUCACGAUAUAUUGUUAAUUUCGGGAUUAUCAUUGGAAAAUAUGAUUUUGUUGUCAUUGUGUUCAAUUGUUCAAGUAGUAAGUGGAAGAUACUUUUAUACUUCUGCUAUUAAAUCUUUAAGACACCGUACAACAAAUAUGGAUGUUUUGGUUGUGCUGGCCACAAGUAUUUCUUACAUCUAUUCUGUUAUUGUAAUUUUAAUAGCCAUUUGUGCUGGAGCAAAUGGUAGUCCAAAAACAUUUUUUGAAUCACCUCCGAUGUUGUUUACUUUUGUUUCCCUUGGAAGAUGGCUUGAGCAUAUAGCUAAAAGAAAAACAUCAGAAGCAUUGAAUAAAUUAUUAUCUUUGCAGCCACAAGAUGCCAUAUUGGUUACACUGAAGGAUGAAAAAAAGCUUAAAAUUGAUAAAGAAACAGUUAUUGAUGUUGACUUGGUUCAAAGAAAUGAUGUAUUACUGGUGAAACCAGGGUCAAGAAUUCCAUGUGAUGCAACUGUUCUCUCUGGUAAUUCUUCAGUUAAUGAAUCUCUAAUUACUGGUGAAUCUAUGCCUGUUACAAAAACAGCAGGAAAAUCUGUAAUUGGAGGAUCAGUAAACCAAACAGGUGUUUUGUUGAUCAAAGCAGUAAAUGUAGGUGAGGAGACAACUCUUUCUCAAAUUGUAAAAUUGGUGGAGAAUGCUCAGAUUUCCAAGGCACCAAUCCAACGAUUUGCAGAUCGGUUAGCUAGUGUGUUUGUACCAGGUAUAAUCUUGCUUUCAAGUUCAACUCUUAUUGUUUGGCUAGUGAUUGGUUUUAACCACCCUGAAUGGAUAAAUGCUCAUAAUAUGUUUUCAAUGCAUGGACAUAAUGAAAUUGUAAUACAAUUUGCAUUUCGAACUGCAAUCUCUGUUUUAUGUAUUGCGUGCCCAUGUGCGUUAGGUCUUGCAACUCCUACUGCAGUUAUGGUUGGAACAGGAGUUGGUGCAUCAAAUGGUAUUCUUAUUAAAGGUGGAGAACCACUUGAGUUAGCUCAUAAGGUUGACACAAUCGUUUUUGAUAAGACGGGUACAUUAACACAUGGCCGUCCUCAAGUUGUUGCAACAAAAAUAUUUGUUGAUAAUAUUUUUUUGCCAUGGAAAGUGUUUUUAGCUAUUGCAGGUGCUGCAGAAUCAAACAGCGAACACCCUCUUGGUGUUGCCCUCAAGCAGUAUGCCCAAGAAAUACUAAAUGUUGAAAGACUUGGGGAGGUAAACAACUUCUAUUCUUUUACUGGUCAAGGAGUGAAAUGCACAGUUAAAAAUGUAGUUCGUUCAACUGUUGAAGAAAAUGCACCGUUAACUGUUCAAAUCGAUGGCAUUCCGAUUGAUACAAUUACAAAUGCUUACACUCAGUCAGAAAGCAUUUUAAAAAGCAGUUAUGAAGUAAUGAUUGGUACAAGAAAAUUUCUUCAAGAAAAUUCUAUUCUAUGGAAUGAUCAGGUUGAAUUGGUAAUGAAAGCACAUGAAGAAAAAGGAAGAACUGUGGUCCUCGUAGCCAUAAACAAUGUGCUAGCAGGUUUAGUUGCAUUUGCUGAUUCUGUAAAAGAAGAAGCUUCCAAGGCUGUUAAAACAUUACAUAAAAUGGGAAUAAAUGUUAUUUUACUAACUGGUGAUAAUAUUCGCACUGCUACAUCUGUUGCUCAACAGGUCAAUAUAGAUAAAAUUUAUGCUGAAGUGCUUCCUUCUGAUAAGGUUAAUAAAAUACGCUCUUUGCAACAAAAUGGUCGUAUUGUUGCAAUGGUUGGGGAUGGAGUUAAUGAUUCUCCUGCUUUAGCACAAGCCAAUAUUGGAAUAGCAAUUGGAACAGGGACAGAUAUUGCUGUGGAAGCUGCUAACAUUGUUUUGAUAAAAGAUGAUUUAAUGGAUGUUGUGGCAGCAAUUGAUCUCUCUUGCAAAACUGUUCGCAGAAUAAAGAUAAACUUUAUUUUUGCAAUAAUAUACAAUAUUGUUGGUAUACCUUUAGCAGCUGGAGUUUUCCAACAUUUUAACAUCAUGUUACAUCCAUGGAUGGCUUCUGCUGCAAUGGCAUUAUCAUCUGUAUCAGUGGUUUGUUCUUCAUUAUUGCUUAGGAUAUAUAAAAAGCCUAUCUACAACAAAGAUGGAUUUAAGAAAAAGAAAACUUUGCUUAAAAGAAGUUCUCGAACGUUAUUUUGUAAUUUACCCUUUUCAAAUUAUGUUAAAAAAAGACGUAGAAGUUUAUCUGGAAGUGGUGAAUUUUUACUAGGAGAUAUUAGUUAAAUUUUUCUUUAUCAUUUUAAUUCGUCUUAAGAUUUUAAACAUUAAAUACAUUAGAGCGAUGUAAAUAUUGUGAAUUGACCUUGUUUUUACCUGGAUUUGCUUUGAUGAAUUGGUCGUGUUGCAUUGUAAAUAUGAUGAACUGACUAAGAUUCAUCGUAACCAUGCUGAAACUUUUUUCACUUUUUUAUAUUGAAUGCAUUAAGUAUUUAAUUACAAAAUUUGAAUCUUUAUAUAUAAUGUUGUAAUAAUAAUAAAAAUUAAUAUAAAACCAUGUAAUAUUAUCUUAACAUAUUUUUGAAUUAUGAUUUUAAACUUUGAGUAUUUGUACACAUUUUUUAUGAUAUAAAAAUCCUAAA